AACAUCAAGCCAAUCCACAGUCGCAGGGACCGUUUUGGAAACUGAUCCACAAACUACCUUUGAUUCGAUCCCUGACGAUCAACUUACUACCCAACAGACACCAGUUUGGAGAACCUCCCCAACACUUACAAAUUACGAUAUAGGUGUGACAUCAACCUCUACCUACAUGGUUACUGAUUUCGAAGAAACUACCGAAAAUAAAGAAUCGAUAAUCACAACUAGGAGAGAUCUUGGUGCAGACGAAACGACAACGGUGAAUCUACUUAGUACAGAAUACUCAUCCCUACCGUUUACUAUCGGUUAUCAUACGGAUGAAGCCUUUCAAACCGAUUCAGCCAGGACGGUAACAAAGAACCAGGUAACUGUUGAUACCGAUGAUAUGACGUCCACUAUAAAAAUGAGUGAUAAUACUGCCACAACUGUUCAAGAUAGUUUUACUUCAGACGAACACUCAACAUCAGAAUUAUCCAUUUUUUCAAGGACAGCAUCAACAGAGGGGGCUGUUUUUGAAACUGAAACAUUUGCGAGCAGGUCUUCUGAAAAACUUGGGACCAGUCAAAUCAGUGAUAAAAUAACAGGUAAUGAUUUUCCAUUUUCGAGUACCGCAACUCCAAUAAACAUGAUAACAGAUGAAACGACAACCUUAAGGACUAUAACUUCAACAGAAUACAGUUCUGAUGCAUUAUCCUCUGGGACAGUUUCCACGCUAAAUCCUCUCACAGAUAAAGCAACGACUAAACUACAAGACGUAUCUACCUGGAAGAGCACUGAAGGGGUAUUUCAAACAGAAGAGGAUUUUUCCUCGCAGGCCUUGACCAUAAAUGAUGACAGUACGACAGAUUCAUCAACAUCAAAGCCAAUAAAUGAUCUUACGACCCUCAUGAUAACAACAACUGCAGACGAUAUGCAUCCAACGACCAGAAAGUCAUUUUCAGAAGAAUACGUGACGUCAGAUAUGACUGUCUCAAUAAAAACAUCGGAACCAUCAAGCACCGACCAUUCGUUUUCAGAUUUUGGCACCACCGAGACAGACCAGACAGUAGGCGAGUACACUACAACAGGAUCCUCAGCCCUUAUAACUUCCCCUACAUUUGCUUUAACGAUGGAAACUACGAUAGGGCAUACCCCGUCAGAGUCUUCCACUACAACAUCUAUUACUGAUUCCCCAUCUGUUCCAACGCUAACCUACGCAGAGACGAUAUACACAACGCCUAUAACCAGUGGCGCCGUGAAAUCUACGACGUUUCUGGAAACUCGUGGUCUCUUAACAGAUGGUCUUUCCAGUGAUUAUACCGAAUCAUUGGAAACAUCGUCUGGUAUACAUGUGACAGGAAAUGCCUUUACAGAAACUACAUAUCAAAGAGUGGCGACUGACGAGUCUACCACCUACUCGGAAGGAGCGUCCCUUGAGAUUACGAGUAUAUCAGUUCACACAACCCAAACCGAAGAUGCUCAUGUGUCAACAAUCACAACUGAAGCAACGGAACAGAAUCCUACCACUCACACGCGUACCAAGGAGCCAUGUGAGAGCUGUAAUCAAGAAACGGAGACCUGCGUAGACGGACGAUGUGAAUGCCGACCUAGUACCUACCGAACGCACGUCAACUAUCAAUGUUCAGGUACAAGAUCAUUCACCUUUACGUUCAGAAUAUUUUUAAUCGAUAAUGAUCAAGCUCUUUACACCGACGACCUUCGCGAUAAACAGAGUUCAGCCUUUCAACUUCUUCAAACAGAUCUUGUCAAGUCGAUAAAUUCCGUGUUUGAGGGGAUGACGAGCUUUCUUGGAUCAGAAGUAUUCUCUUUCCAGUCUGGAAGCAUCAUCGUUACAUCUCUGGUUUACUUUGAACAAAACUCGCCCGUCACCAAUGAUAGUCUGUCGAAUCAUAUUAAUAAUGUCAUGGAAUCCAAUAGAUUCAUAAUCAACAAUAACUCCUCGUAUACGCUAGACGCAAGUUCCAUUGUUGUUGAACCAACGAACGAAUGCUUUUUAGGAAUAGAUGAUUGUUCUCAGUUUGCGACAUGUUCUGAUAUGAACGAGGAUGGCUUUAAUUGCACGUGUAUUGAAGGCUAUACUUCAACGUCUAUCACACCUGGUUUGCUGUGUACGAUAGAAGUAACAACUCCUACAACUCCAACGACUACCGAAGAGGCCAAGAGUAACCAACCAACUAUAGCAACAUGGAUUUUGAUAGCAGUUUCGGCCGCUGGUGGCGCUAUCAUUAUCAUUCUGCUAGUGUCACUUUUCUGUGUAAUCAGGAAAACAAGCAGAAGAAAGAUAACACACCCAGAAGAUACGAUGGUUGUACCAAAAGAUAAAAAGGAAAAGUUGGAGGCCUAUCGCGGCUACUACACGUCUUUUAACGAAUCAAUUGACGAGUCAACAGCAGAUUCUGUCGAGGAUACAGCAUUAUGAGGCAUCUGAAUCAUCAGUUCACAGUCGAGCAGACUAACAGAUGAAGCGAACUGUAUGUAGUCUUUCAUUCACUGUGCCAUUACUACCUGGUCAUUUGAUUUGAACUGAACUGGUUUAUCAAAAACAGCAUCGAACAGGCAGCUCGCAGGCUGACGAUGUUCAAUUUACAAACAAAUAUCAAAAGGAAUGUACAUUUGAGAUAACUGUUUACAAUACAGUGAAUAAGUUAUCUUACAACUUUACAAGUACAGAAGAGCUAAGUUGAGUAGUGAACAAGUGUGAUAUCAUUCCAUUGGGUCUCAGAAUGUUGCAUUAUGGGUUGGAAACCUGGCCAGACUUGAAAAGGCAGCUGGUUCGUAUCUGCUUUAAAUACUAUCCUGACGGUAUGAAAAUGAUGAAAUGAAAUAUAUUGUUUUAUUGUUAAUAGAUUGUAUCGUAAUAAUGUGUGACAUAAAAAUAUAAUGCCUUGUCACGUUUUCAACCGUAAUGACUCGAUACUGUU